GAAUCGGCCACAAUUCUAUCCCACUGUCUGAAUUUCCACAACCACAAGUCCAAGUUGCUCUUGCGCUUGAGCAGCUAUGGGAAAACGUAAGAAAUCUUCUAGAAAACCAGCUGCAGCAACAGCGGCAAGGAGGAGGGAACCAUUAGAUACGGCCUUCACUUGCUUGUUCUGUCAUCAUGACAAGUCUGUGACAGUUAGAGUCGACAGAAAAGAGGGCAUCGCCCAGCUGGUGUGCAGAGUAUGCGACCAGCGUUAUCAGAGCAAAGUUAAUCACUUGACUGAGCCCGUGGAUAUCUAUUCAGAAUGGCUAGAUGCUGCUGAUGCCGCACAGAAAGAAGAUCACGGCACUCGCAGACCGGCGGCUUCAUCAAGCAGACCAGCUCCUGCACCGCCUUCUGUCGGGAGUGAUGAUGAUUGAUCUGGACUCAGGACUUGUAACUAUCUUAUCUUUUCCUCACUGUACAACAGCAAUUGCAAGACAGGCUAUAAUCGUAGAAUCUCGCCGGUGCAUUCGGCCUUAUAAGCUUCUGUGACGCACCUGAAUUCAUUUGUGAAUUGACUAGGGAUAUUAAGAUGGGGAUUCCAGGGUAGAUCCUGAGCAGGUAAUAUCUUGGUCG